AUGCAGUACAUGGAGCUGAUCCCGAAGGAGAUGCAGCCGGUGGCGGGGACGGACGGGGCGUACUAUCGCCGGCGGCAGCUGAUGAGACAACUCCCGCUGUACGACCAGGACCCGUCCCAGUGCCGCGGCCUCGCGGAGGGCGAGCUGAAGCUGAUGGAAGACUUUGUGAAGAAGUACAAAGCCGAGGCGCUGGGCGUUGGGGAGGUGGCGCUGCCGGGCCAGGGCGGCGGCGGGAAGGAGGAGGAGAAGAAGCCCCAAGACAAGAGCAUCGCUGCCAGCAAACCCCCCGAGUCCACCAACGGGGCCCUGGAGCGCGCGCCCGUGGAAGGGCUCUACCACUGCGAGACCUGCAAGCAGGCGGUGCCAGGGGACUGCCCGGUGGUGUACGCCGACAGGGCGGGCUACUCCCGGCAGUGGCAUCCGGCGUGC